AUGGUAGGAAAGACAAUUAAAGUAGAUAGAUCCACAUCUAUAUAUGACAAGGGGAGCUUCGCACGGAUAUGCGUUGAGAUUGACCUUCAAAAGCCGCUAUUGCCAGCAUUUACACAAGCAUGCCCCAGUAAUUUACAGGAUAAAACCGGAGAUGUUGCGACUAGAGGGACGGUGCCCAGGCCGGAUAUAACAAAGGAAUCUGCUGAGACAUGUGACGUGAAGGAGCAAGAACUGAUCAAUGAGGGUGGCCAAAUCCAGAUUCCGAUGAUGGAAGGCUCGCCGACGCCAAGCAACGGAUGCUUGGGGCCGCAAAUGUUAGUUAAACGUGACUUUCGGAGAGGAGUUAAUCUGAUGGAGAAAAAAGUGGGAUCGGAUUUGGGAAAUCCAACUAGAAAUCAGUCGCGAAUCAAGAAACAAGAUAUGGUGAAGAGCGUAGCAAAUCAGAUGGGAUCUCAAAAGGAUACUGCUGAAAAAACGGGAUCAAGGAAAUCACUAAGGCGUAAUUUUGGGAAGGAUAUCGGCAACUCUACUGCCACGUGGAUUAGAGUAGGCUCAAAAAGAAAGAAUGAUGCGAAGUGCAAACGUGGCAAGGAAAAUAAAAAUUCUGACACGGUUUGCGUGAGCCAAGACUCAUCUAUUAGCACCAAUCCUUUUUCUAUUCUUCAACAUGUCCCUUUGAUGGGCCAAAUGGAUAUGGGCCCAACAUACGUAGGUGGUUCUCAAGGCACAACAGGCAUGGACAUCAUGCAUAAUAAUGGGACGUCUCAUGAAGACACACUAGCUACCCCUUCGGAUGACCCCUUGGUUGCGGAGCCGACCUCCUCCUCUCUUUUGGAUAUUGUCCAGGCGCGGGAUGUUAAUGACGUGCCAAAUUCUGAAAAUUUGGAUUUCCUGGCUCUGGUGGAGACUCGUGCAGAUAAAUCAAACACAGAAAAACGUAUUGGACGUCUUGGUUUUCAAGACUAUACUUAUAUUGAAGCUGAAGGUUACAGUGGGGGGAUCUGGUGUCUUUGGAAUACUGGGAUUAGGAAGCUUGAAGUCCUUGAACGAAAUAGACAAUUCAUUCACUUUAGAAUUGAGAAUAGCCACCGCAAUACCUGGGUUAUGACAGUUAUUUACGCGAGCCCAAAUGUUAUGAUGCGUCGAAAUUUAUGGGGGCAACUCGCUCGAAUCGCCAGCGUCACUCAAGAGCCAUGGUUACUCGGCGGCGAUUUUAAUGCAACGCUAUUAGAGUGGGAAAGACGAUCUUCUGCAACCUAUAAACUCUCAGCUGAUAAUGACUUUUGCAGAUGGUUUGAUGAGAGCAAUCUUCAGGAUCUCGGAUACUCUGGCCCCGAUUUAACUUGGAAAAGAGGGACGUCGGAAGCUCGGUUGGAUCGCUUUUUAGCAAACGAAGCUUGGUGUCAGUUAUUCCCUCAGGCAAAGGUUGCUCACUUGCCUUUCUAUAAGUCUGAUCAUCGUCCACUUCUUCUUCGUCUUGACUUACGCACAGAACGACCACGCCGUCCCUUCCGUUUUAUUGCAUCCUGGAUCCUGCAUGACAAUUUUAAUGAUUUCGUACGUGAUAAUUGGAAGGAGCAUCUGGAUUGGCAAUCUAAUAUUACUCAGUUCACUGAUGCUUGCCGAGUUUGGAACAAACAAGUCUUCGGGCACAUCCAGGACCGUAAACGAAAACUUAUGAGACGAUUAGAUGGGGUAACUCGGGCUAUUGCUCGUGGUGCUAAUCGGAGCUUUUAUGAAAACAUUCAGCUAGAAAUAUGGAAGGAGCUUGAGAGUGUGAUUGCCCAAGAAUCACUCUUAUGGGCUCAAAAGGCGCGUGUUAAUUGGGCCGUAUACGGGGACCAUAACUCCAAACUGUUCCAUGCCCAUGCCAAUAAGCGAAGGAAGGUUAACCGUGUUGAUGCUAUUCGACUAGAGGAUGGAGCUUGGUGUUAUGACACGGAAGAAAUUAAACAGCAAGCUACUAACUUCUUCUCCUCUCUAUUUCAAGAGGACCUUCCUGUUCGAGAUAGCCUGAACUGCAGAAUCACCUAUCCCCCACUUGAUGAGGUGUUUCGUAAAGGGUGUGAACGUGCUGUUGAUGAAGAAGAAAUCAAAAGUGCCUUGUUCAGUAUGGGACCCCUCAAGUCUCCAGGGCCUGAUGGUUUUAAUGCACUCUUUUUCCAAAAUCAAUGGGGAAGGAUCCGAAACUCACUGGUGACAUGUGUUCAACGACUCUUUGACCGCCCUGACACGUUAAGAGAGAUCAAUGGUACCUUGAUUGUGCUUAUUCCCAAAAAGGACCCACCGGAGACCCUUAAAGAUCUUCGCCCCAUUAGCCUUUGCAAUGUAGUAUACAAGAUUGUGACUAAGAUUAUGGCAAAUCGAAUAAAGACCUUUUUGCCCCAGACCAUCUCUCCAAAUCAGUGUGGCUUUGUGCCCGGUCGCCUUAGCUCUGAUAAUAUCAUUGUGGCUCAGGAAGUUAUUCACUCUAUGCGUAACAUGAAAGGUAAAAAAGGCUUCAUGGCUAUUAAGAUUGACCUUGAGAAAGCCUAUGACUGUGUCAAUUGGAAUUUUCUAAUAGGAUGUCUCAAGGAAUUACAGCUCCCUAAUCAUUUUGUAGACAUUAUCUCCUCAUGUGUUAGCACAGCAGACUUUCAACUGUUAUGGAAUGGAGACAAGGCUAAGAAUUUUUCUUCCUCUAGGGGUGUGCGCCAAGGAGACCCAAUUUCCCCUUAUCUAUUUGUUAUAUGUAUGGAGAAACUAGCUCAUAUCAUCCAAGAAGAGAUUGAAGAUAAUCACUGGCGUCCUAUUAGACUCACUAAAACAGGACCCCCCAUCACUCAUCUUUUUUUCGCAGAUGAUGUCCUUCUUUUUGCAGAAGCUAAUCUCGAACAAGCAGAUUUGAUUAAUCAAUGCCUUGAGAAAUUCAGUAGAAGCUCUGGACUGAAGGUAAACCACUCAAAGACUCGCAUUUUCUUCUCCAUGAACAUAAAUCAUAAUAGAUGCUCAGAAAUUAGUGGUAGGCUGGGAUUCACUCAAACUUCAGAUCUUGGAAAAUAUCUGGGUGUGAAUCUACACCACUCACGCGUCAACAAGGGAUCUUUCCAGAGUGUUGUGGAUAAAGUCAAAACCAGACUCUCCAAGUGGAAGACAGGUUCUCUCUCUCUCGCAGGAAGAACAACAUUGAUAUCGUCAGUCAUGUCCGCCAUCCCUAAUUACACCAUGCAAACCUCGCUUGUACCGUCACCAACAUGCGAGACACUAGACAAGCUCAAUCGAGGAUUCCUUUGGGGCAGUUCAGCAGAACACCGAAAAAUGCCGUUAGUGGCUUGGGAUGCGGUCUGUCAACCUAAAUCCAAAGGAGGGCUAGGACUUCGACAUACAAAACUUCAAAACCAAGCUCUCCUCAUGAAACUGGGAUGGAGACUUGUUAAAUGCAGAGAUGACUUCUGGGUCAAGGUCCUUCGUGAUAAGUACCGAUGUGGCGAUGAUUUAAUGCCCAAAAUAGAUCCAAAACGGGGAGGCUCUAACAUUUGGGCUGGCAUCAAAGCCACGUGGGAGAGGGUGGCUGCUGGUAUUGAGUGUCUGGCUGACAACACUGUGAAGUGGAAAUGGGAGCGUAAUGGAUUAUUUUCCGUAAAGUCGGCCUACGACAAUCUUAGCCCAGAGAUUGCAGAUUCAGAUCCAUACUGGAAACGAAUAUGGAAGCUAGCAAUUCCCCAACGUUGCAGAACUUUUAUCUGGCUAGCAUCCCGCAAAAGCCUCCUCACGAAUACUGCGAGACAUAGACGAGGCCUAAGUAUGGAUGAUCAGUGCCCGAUAUGUCAUAAUGGCGCGGAAGACGUACUACACGUUCUUCGGGAUUGCACCAAUACUUGGCUCCUUUGGAAAGGACUGGUUAACGCAUCAAUCUGGAAGAAGUUUUGCUCCCUUGGUUCCUCUGACUGGCUCCGAUGGAAUCUGAAUUGUAGAAAUCAUAAUGAGAAAGAGUGGGGUUCUCUCUUUGCAGUUGUAUGCUGGUGGCUAUGGAGACGUCGUAAUCUAAUCAUAUUUGAAGGAAAAGAGUUGCGUAAUGAAGCAAUCAUCGCAAACUCGAAAGCCAUAUUAAGCUCCAUGCACGAGAUCCAGGGACACUUACGUGGAACUCCUAUAGAGGGUGUAAAACGCAGCAAUGGGGAAGAAAGAUGGAGACCUCCGGACAAUAACUGGAUCAAAGUGAACGUCGACGGUGCCUACUCACCUGACAGAAACAUUAGUGCUUGCGGUGGCCUUCUUCGGAACAUGCGGGGUGAAUUUCUUCGUGGCUUUAUCUUUCAUAUCGGGCAGGGUGAUGCACUGACAGCUGAGCUACAAGCAUGCUUACAUGGACUAAAAGUGGCAUGGGACGAAGGUUAUAGAAAUGUCAUACUUGAGUCUGAUGCUACUAGUGCCAUUGAACUACUCUCAGAGGACCCCAACGAACUUCAUGAUGACUAUGUGAUAAUCAGAGAGGCCCGAGCAUUGUUGACUAGGGAGUGGAAUGUGAAGCUUUCAUAUGCACCUCGUAGCUGUAACCAAGCUGCUGAUCUGUUAGCAAAGCUCGGUCUUGGGGCGAUGCCAGGCGUGUAUAUUCUACAGAACCCUCCUCAGCAAAUAAAUAGGGUACUGGAUAUUGAGUGGCUGUGUGCUGACAACAGCCAUGUAAGGAGUUGUUAA